AGGGAUGCGGGAGGUCCCGCGAGCCGAGGCCGUUUCCAGGGCUGGAGGCUCAGCGGCGGCUCCUGGGCGCCCUCUGGCGGCCCCGACUCCGCCGCCGCGGCUCCCACAAUGCUCGCGUAGCCGGGUUUCGGCUCCCGCAGCGGCGACGGCGGCGGCUCCAAGAUGGCGCAGGCGAUCUUUGAGGCCCUGGAGGGAAUGGACAAUCAGACUGUUCUGGCUGUCCAAUCAUUAUUGGAUGGCCAAGGAGCAGUCCCUGAUCCAACAGGCCAGAGUGUCAAUGCGCCCCCUGCUAUCCAGCCAUUGGAUGACGAGGAUGUCUUUCUCUGUGGGAAGUGUAAGAAGCAAUUCAACUCACUGCCAGCGUUUAUGACCCACAAGCGGGAACAGUGCCAGGGGCACACCCCCACCCUGGCCACAGUCUCGCUGGCCACCAACAGCAUCUACACACCGUCAGCAGCCCCCACAGCGGUCCAGCAGGCCCCGCCUCCUACCAAUCGCCAGAUCUCCACAUACAUCACAGUACCCCCAUCCCCACUGAUCCAGACCCUGGUACAGGGGAACAUCUUGGUGAGCGAUGACGUGCUCAUGUCUGCCAUGUCAGCCUUCACAUCCCUGGACCAGCCCAUGCCCCAGGGCCCCCCACCUGUGCAGAGCAGCCUAAACAUGCAUUCCGUGCCCAGCUACCUCACCCAGCCUCCACCCCCUCCUCCGCCUCCUCCACCACUGCCCCCACCGCCACCACCUCAGCCCCCACCACCUCCACCCCAGAGCCUGGGCCCCCCUGGGCGUCCCAACCCUGGAGGGAACGGUGUGGUGGAGGUGUACAGUGCUGCUGCGCCCCUGACUGGGAGUGGAACCGUGGAGAUCCAGGCGCUGGGGAUGCAGCCCUAUCCACCCCUGGAGGUGCCAAACCAGUGUGUGGAGGCUCCAGUAUACCCCAGCCCUGCAGUGUACAGCCCUGGCAAGCAGGGAUUCAAACCCAAGGGACCAAACCCCACUGCCUCCAUGACCAGCGCCACCGGGGGCACAGUGGCCACUUUUGACUCUCCACCAAUGCUGAAGACCCGACGGGCUAAAGGUGCCAGGGGACUCCCGGAAGCUGCAGGGAAGCCAAAGGCUCAGAAACUCAAGUGCUCAUACUGUGACAAGUCAUUCACCAAAAACUUUGAUCUGCAGCAGCACAUCCGAAGCCAUACCGGCGAGAAGCCCUUCCAGUGUAUUGCAUGUGGCCGUGCCUUUGCCCAGAAGUCUAAUGUUAAGAAACACAUGCAGACCCACAAGGUGUGGCCUCCAGGACACAGUGGUGGCACCGUGUCUCGAAACUGUGUGACUGUACAGGUCAUGGCCCUGAACCCCAGCAGGCAGGAGGACGAGGAAAACACAGGGUUGGGCCAGCCCCUGCCGAGUGCACCACAGCCCCAGGCCUUGCCCACCCCCGGCGAGGAUGAGGGAGACAAGCCGGAGCCCAAGCAGGUGGUCCUCAUCGACAGCUCCUACCUGUGCCAGUUCUGCCCCAGCAAGUUCAGCACCUACUUCCAGCUCAAGUCUCACAUGACCCAGCAUAAAAACGAGCAGGUGUACAAGUGUGUGGUCAAAAGCUGCGCCCAGACGUUCCCAAAGCUCGACACAUUUCUGGAGCACAUCAAGAGCCACCAGGAGGAGCUGAGCUACCGCUGCCACCUCUGCAGCAAGGACUUCCCCUCACUGUACGACCUGGGCGUGCACCAGUACUCCCACAGCCUCCUGCCGCAGCAUAGCCCCAAGAAGGACAGCGCCAUCUACAAGUGUGUCAAAUGCGUCAACAAAUACUCCACCCCUGAGGCCCUGGAGCACCACCUGCAGACCACCACUCACAACUUCCCCUGCCCACACUGCCAGAAGGUGUUUCCUUGUGAACGCUACCUGCGCUGUCAUCUGCCCACCCACGGCAGCGGGGGCAGGUUCAAGUGCCAGGUGUGCAAGAAGUUCUUCCGGCGGGAGCAUUACCUCAAACUGCAUGCUCACAUCCACUCAGGUGGGUGCCCUGGGUUCCCACCACCACUGGAGCAGAGAAGAGCCCCUGGAGGUGGCGUGACGCACACAGGCUGCAGUAAGGAGUUCAACCGGCCAGACAAGCUGAAGGCCCACAUCCUCUCCCACUCUGGCAUGAAGCUCCAUAAAUGCGCCCUGUGCAGCAAGUCCUUCAGCCGCCGCGCCCACCUCGCCGAGCACCAGCGUGCCCACACGGGUAACUACAAGUUCCGCUGUGCUGGCUGCGCCAAGGGCUUUUCCCGCCCCAAACACCUCAAAGAUCACCGCUGUCGUCUUGGCCCCCAAAAGGACAAGGACCUGCAGACCCGGCGUCCCCCUCAGAGGAGGGCAGCCCCCCGCAGUGGCGGCACUGGUGGGCGUAAGGUGGUGACCCCCUUGCCUGACCCGCUGGGGCUGGAAGAGCUGAAGGACACAGGGGCUGGGCUGGUGCCCGAGGCUGUCCCUGGCAAACCGCCCUUUGCAGAGCCGGACGCGGUGCUGUCCAUUGUUGUGGGUGGUGCAGUGGGCGCGGAGCCAGAGCUGGUGGUACCUGGGCACGCUGAGGGGCUGGGCUCCAACCUGGCUCUGGCGGAGCUACAGGCUGGGGCCGAGGGCCCCUGUGCCAUGCUCGCUGUGCCUGUCUACAUCCAGGCCUCGGAGUGAUGGAGUUGCGGUGUCUGUUUCCUGGGCAGGCCUGUUGCUCAUAUUUGGGUCCGGGCAGACUGGAGAUCCUUCCCAGCGGAAGCGAGCCAUCAAGACAUUGGCAGAAAUCCUGCUGAAUGUCAUUCAUAAAUCUUGGCCUGUGGCCGCCUUCCUGUGUCCUUUCUCCUGCUACAAAGCCCUGGAAUAUUCGGGGUUGUGGGCAGGGCUGCCCGUGUGGACAGGGCUGCCCACGGCAGAACCAUGGCAGGAGAGAGAUGGCUGGAGCCUGAGCAGACUGGGGUCCAGUUGUCAGGCUGGUGAUUGGGCCCCCUAGGAGAGAAGACAGGGCGGUCCUGCCCACCCUGCCUCCAGGCUGCUUCCUGGUGGCCUCUAGCCCGCUGCUCUUCAGGACGCCUGCCAUGGACAGAGUUUAUCUAUUGGACCUUUUCACAGACGAUUCCCCACAGAAUCCUCAGACAGCUCUGUGAUGUAGGCUUUUAGGAGGCACUCAAGUAUCAUGGCUAGACUGCAGCUAUGAGACAGAUCUGGCUUCAAAUCCAAAAGUUGCCACGCACUUGCUGUGUGACCUUGGGCAAGUCACUUCACCUGUCUGAGCCCCAUGUUCCUCAUCUGUACAAUGGGGCUUACGAUGCUACUACCUCAUAGGGUUGUCCUGGGGAUCCAGUAUGAUGAAAUGCGCCAGGGGCACAGUAUGGCGCCUGGCAUGCAGAAAGUGCUCAAUACAGUAAAUGUUUUUAUCAUAACGUGU